GGUGGGCACACUGAAAAAGAAUAUUUUCCGUAGCAGUUUUUGGAAUUAAUGUACGUUUAUUUAGUUUGUAAAACAUGUCACUUGGCAAUGCCGAUCCUUGGCACUUGAGUAACACAACAAUUGAGCAAGGGAGCACGGAUUCCGCGGAGAACAGCGAUAGUUUUGAGGAUAACUUCACGCCACCGCCCACAGGCAAAGAGGGCAACGCCGAAAAGGACGCAAAAAUUAACGAAGGACAUGAGCCGCUGCCGGAUUCCAGCGACUAUCUGAAGUUACUAGAACGGAAGCUGGCCCGGGUGCAAAAGGGCAACAAACUGCUAGAUAACCUGCGCGACAAGCGGGAGGAUUGCAUGCGGGGAUUACUCUCCUCCGAGGGAGUGCCCAUUUCCAUAUUCGAGCAGUUCCUCGAGCUAGACGCCCCCAUCGAGAGUGGGCGACUCCACCGGCACCUGCUGCCCGUUCAGGCCGUGAACGUUGGUGAAACUGUGUGCAUAGUAAACCACGACGCACUGCAGCAAACGGCGGAGGAAGAGGAGGAUCAGCCACCGGCUGAACACUAA